GUAACAAACAUACAAAAAAUUCAUGCAUUACAGAUUAAACAUUUCGGUAAUUUAUCUUAGUAUCAAAGAUUGCGUAAGAUUCUAAAAUACAUUUUUUCCAUCAAAAGAAUUUCAGUAAAUACCAGUGGUGAUUUCGCUUGGGCUACGUCCAUUUUUAUUCUGUGCGAUAUGUUUUAUGCAGGAGACACGACCAGUAAGACGAAUGACGCAGACUUGACCUUAAAAUACGAAGAAUCGAUUGUUUUAAUGCAAAUGUUAGUGUCAGAAUAAUUAAGACUUUUUUGCGUUGGUUUUUGUUAACAGUGUCUAGAAUACACAGACGGGUUUAAUUUGAUCGUAUACUUAAGAUGUCUUGUAAUAAAUCUUUGAAGGCUUCAGAUUGAGAUGUUUAUUUUCUCGAAUUCUUAUUUUUAUAUAUGCCAGAUUAUUUCGUAAGUAAUAGAAAUAGUUCGGUUUAUUUCCUCUGAAAAAAGAUGUAAUCUAAAAAAAGACCAAUAAACUGAAUGGGUUCUUCUUGAAGGUGGAUAUCCGAUAAUCCCGACCCACGCAACGACAAGAAAAAGUGACUAAAUAUAGUGAUGAAUCGGUAAUACGAAUCGACAUAAAAUUCUCUCAAGAAAACUUUACAAACUACUGAACACAAUAUUGUACGGUAGAAUCGAAUCUACCAGAUUUAGAUGAAAGAAACAAAUUUUAGCAACCAUUACUAAAUGAGAAUGUAACAAUUGUACAUUAUAACGGGACUGCCGUUUUUUUAUUGUAAUUAAGACUGAAUAUUGAUUAUCCACGGCCAGAUUACAAUUACGGCUAUAAAGGCACACGAUUCAGUUGCCGUGUUAAAUUAUUGAUAACGCCCGUGUGCAUGUUUCGUGAAAAAAUAGGAAAAAACGUUAGAUUCGCGCGGACCAAAGGACGAAUUUCUAAAGUGACACGGGUUAAUAAUGACAAGAAGAACUUGUGAUAUAAUCUAUUUCGACGAAAAGGUGUGCUAUGGUUGAUUUCACCGAGUGAGGAAAGUCAUUCUGAAAAUGAUUCGGAUCAAAAUAGCGCUGGUUAUAGUUUUAUCGAUUGCGUUUCGAGGUUCUGGAGUAGGUGAAAAAGCCUUCAAUGCUUGCAAAACCUAUGGACAACUAAUGCUAGAAUGCCAUAAUAUUUUAUUCCCGAAAUUAAGAGUACGAGUUCCUGUUGAUUUUCUCUUAUAUCCUCACAUGGUUUUAAUUGGAUUUCGGAAGAAUCCAAACCACAAUCCUUCUUGGAAAUGUGGGGGAAGUUUGAUCAGUGAGGGUUGGGUGCUGACUGCAGCUCACUGCGUCGAGGACAGGGACGAAGGACCAGCUAGCAUCCUGAGGAUAGGAACUGCAACUUUCGAGUUCGACGAAGUUGAUGAACUGGUUCAGGAAAGAACAGUAGCAGAGAUCGUGCCUCAUCCUGGAUUCAACCCCCCUUCAAAAUACCAUGACAUAGCUCUUAUGCGAGCCAGCCCAGUUUUCACACUGAACAGAGAUAUAAGGAUAGCUUGUUUACAUCUAGGGGAAGACAUUGGUAGAUUCAAUCUGACUGUAAUUGGUUUCGGGAAGACAGCCUCUAGUGCAACGUAUGGAAGCCAGACGCUUAUGAAAGUGGAUGUAGAUGUGAUAGCUCCAGAAAUCUGCAACCGGUCCAUGAAGUUCUUGAUCAAGAAGAAGAUAUUGGCUGAAGGGAUAACGGAGAACCAGCUGUGUGCUGGCGAUUAUGAGCAUGGGGGGAGGGAUACUUGCCAAGGGGACUCUGGAGGUCCCAUGCAGAUCAUGGAGGAUCGAGUGGACUGUGUCCAUAACUUUCCACUUCAUACAAUCGUUGGUGUGACGUCAUUUGGGAGGGAUUGUGGGAGAAAGAUGGCGCCAGGUGUGUAUACAAAGGUUUCUAAAUACGUGGAGUGGAUCGAAAAUAUAGUUUGGCCUAAUCGAUAAAGAUUUUAAACAUAACCUUUUUUUUGUGUAAACUUAAGAAUGUUUUGUGAUGUACUCGAAACUUCAGGUAUACGUAUAUAAUAUUGUACAUUUCAACCUAAUAAAUUAAGAUUACUAUUUUUAAUUGCAUCGUUAUUAUUCUCAUAGCGUUUCGCCGUAAUAAUUGCAACGUUUUUAUAUAAACUUGAAAUCUUUUGUUCGUUAGUUUAAUUAUUUGGUAUUUUUUGGUGUGUCAUUCUUUUACAAUAUCGCUCGGAGCAAUACGAGUUUUACAAAAGAUAUAAUUGGAGCCAAUUCAUGUAAUUCACCACAUUAUUCUGUCUGUGGAAAAAGAAAGUACAAGACAAAGGGAAUGAUAUGCGCAAAAAAAAUUAAUUCAAGUUAAGUUCCUUUCUCUUUCAUCCAUUCAUACAUAUGACAAGUAUUAGGUAUAAGAGUAGUGUAACUAAACCAUCUGUUAACUGUCCUACUAUCUUUCAGCUACUAUUUAGCUAUUAUUCAGCCUUUUCCUAAUUUAUGCCGUAUCAUGAUAAAUUCAAUAGAAGAUAAAAUGUGUACAUAAACUACUUGAUAAAUAAAAGGUAAAGAAGUAACACAAUUAACAUUGUAAAAUUAAAUAAGUAUUGAUGGCCUUGAUAAAAAUGAUGCAGACAAUUUUUUUGAAACCUUAUUCUCUUUCUAAAAACCUAACUGCUUCUACAUAUUUAAACUAAAACUUUUCAAAAAACUCAAAUACAAUAACGACGUCAUUUCCGUACAUCACUAGAAGGAAGAGUUACAGCAUCUCUUAUAUCAAGACAUCAGGAGAUAAAAAAAACGACUCACAAUUCCGCUCGCCUGCUCACGACAGCUAACUUAUUAUUUAAAAACCUCCACAUUUGUAGGCAUACCUGAAACAAAAAGAGCAUUUUCAUGAA